AUGAGCCGACCUGGCGCCUGGAACCGUGUUUUUAGCAAUCUUUGGAAAUAUUUGAAGAACGAUUUCUCGAAAAAAGUCAAACAUAUUUUAGUUUGUCAUUCAACAAAAUUUUGUUCCAGAGGUAUGUGGCUGAAGACGAUUUCGGUAAUAGGUACUACCAAAUCGAAAACAGUCGACAAAAUGUUUCGAGGUACCACUUAAGGCUACUGUUCAGUUUACAAGUGGCCCCUUCAGGGGUUUCGAUCCUCCGACGAGUGGAAAUUCGUCGAGGCCUGGCAUUGAAUGGGAAGCAUGGCUGAAAGGCACCCGGAGGUGAAUUUUGAGAGAAAAAACAUUUUGGAAAAAAUGAUUGUACUACAGUGUAGUUCAAGUGCAAAAGUUAGGACCUUCAAAAGGUCAAGAAUAUAACCAUUUUUACGUUGAAAAUACAUCAAUUUGUUUUUCUCUGAGAUUUUUUCUUCUCUCGGUAAACUUUAGAACCCUGUUCAUUCCAUUUUUUUUUUCAAAUCGCGUAUCAGAUUCCCACCGUCGAAGGAGGAGAUCUUCCUAAACCGGUCGAAACAGCAGGCUCAGCUGGAGCAGGACGCCAGGACGGAGAAAAGAGCUCCUCACGUCGCCGCCGACGCUCCGAAACCCGAAGACGGUCCCCAGCGAUAUCCCAAGUACAAGGACAUGGAAGUGACGCCCGGACAUCGUGAAGAAAGAGACCGAUGA